GAUGCGCCCGCGCGGCGGUUGCCGGGGCGACGCGAGCUUCCCUAGGCUGCCUGGGCUCGUGGGAGGCACAGUCGCCUGUUGCCGGCCUUGACCCCCGCAGUGGUCUUUUCGGGGUUCUUACUAUGUUCUUCUACCUGAGCAAAAAAAUUGCCAUUCCCAAUAGUGUGAAGCUGAAAUGUAUAUCCUGGAACAAGGACCAAGGCUUCAUAGCCUGCGGUGGUGAAGAUGGAUUACUGAAAGUUUUGAAGUUAGAGACACAGACAGAUGAUGCAAAAUUGAGGGGUCUUGCAGCACCCAGUAACCUUUCCAUGAAUCAGACUCUUGAAGGUCAUAGUGGUUCUGUUCAAGUGGUAACAUGGAAUGAGCAGUAUCAGAAGUUGACUACCAGUGACCAAAAUGGGCUUAUCAUUGUGUGGAUGUUAUACAAAGGCUCUUGGUAUGAGGAGAUGAUCAACAGUCGAAACAAAUCAGUGGUUCGAAGUAUGAGCUGGAACGCUGACGGCCAGAAGAUCUGCAUUGUGUACGAGGACGGGGCUGUGAUAGUUGGUUCUGUGGAUGGGAAUCGUAUUUGGGGUAAAGAACUAAAGGGAAUACAGCUAUGUCAUGUAGCAUGGUCUGCAGAUAGUAAAAUUUUACUUUUUGGAAUGGCAAAUGGAGAAAUACAUAUUUAUGAUAAUCAAGGAAAUUUUAUAAUAAAGAUGAGACUGAGUUGCUUGGUGAAUGUCACCGGAGCAGUCAGCAUUGCUGGGAUCCACUGGUACCACGGCACAGAGGGCUAUGUGGAGCCUGACUGCCCUUGUCUCGCUAUUUGUUUCGACAAUGGGAGGUGCCAAAUAAUGAGACAUGAGAAUGACCAAAACCCAGUUCUGAUAGAUACGGGCAUGUACGUGGUCAGCAUCCAGUGGAACCACAUUGGCAGUGUGUUAGCUGUGGCCGGCUCCCAGAAGGUGGUAACUCAGGACAAAGAUGUAAACACUGUGCAGUUCUACACUCCGUUUGGUGAGCAUCUGGGUACUUUGAAGGUUCCUGGAAAGCACAUGUCUGCACUCUCUUGGGAAGGAGGCGGACUGAAAAUUGCGCUAGCCGUUGAUUCCUUCAUUUAUUUUGCAAAUAUUCGACCUGAUUAUAAGUGGGGCUAUUGCUCAAACACUGUAGUUUAUGCAUAUACCAGACCUGACCGUCCUGAGUACUGUGUUGUCUUUUGGGAUACAAAAAACAAUGAGAAAUAUGUUAAAUAUGUGAAGAGUCUCAUUUCUAUCACCACCUGUGGCGAUUUCUGCAUUUUGGCUACGAAAGCUGAUGAAAGCCAUCCUCAGUUUGUGCUGGUUCUUUGUAACUCAAUUGGCACACCCUUGGAUCCCAAGUACAUUGAUAUUGUACCACUCUUUGUUACAAUGACCAAAACCCAUGUGAUAGCAGCUUCAAAGGAAGCAUUUUAUAUCUGGCAAUAUCGUGUGGCAAAGAAGCUGACAGCAUUGGAAAUCAAUCAGAUCACGCGAUCUCGGAAAGAAGGGAGAGAACGAAUCUACCAUGUUGAUGAUAUUCCUUCUGGAUCAGUGGAUGGGGUGCCUGAUUAUAGUAAAGCCAUUCAAGGCACAAGAGAUCCAAUUUGUGCAAUAACUGCAUCUGAUAAGACAUUGAUUGUGGGUCGUGAGUCUGGCACCAUUCAGAGAUACAGUCUUCCUAAUGUUGGAUUGAUCCAAAAGUAUUCUUUUAGUUGUCGAGCCUACCAGUUAUCCUUGAAUUGCAACUCUAGCCGUCUUGCCAUCAUAGACAUCUCAGGAGUUCUGACUUUCUUUGACUUGGAUGCUCGGAUAACAGACAGUACAGGACAGCAAGUAACUGGGCAGCUGUUAAACCUGGAGCGGAAGGAUGUCUGGGAUAUGAGGUGGGCCAAGGACAACCCUGAUCUCUUCGCAAUGAUGGAGAAGACAAGAAUGUAUGUUUUCAGAAACUUGGAUCCUGAGGAACCCAUUCAGACCUCUGGAUAUAUUUGUAACUUUGAGGAUUUAGAAAUUAAAUCUGUUCUUUUGGAUGAGAUAUUAAAGGAUCCAGAACAUCCAAACAAGGAUUACAUACUUAACUUUGAGAUUCGGUCCCUAAGAGAUAGUCGAGCCUUGAUUGAGAAGGUUGGGAUUGAAGAUGCAUCUCAAUUCAUAGAGGACAAUCCACACCCCAGACUUUGGCGCCUGCUAGCUGAAGCAGCUCUUCAGAAACUGGACUUGUGCACUGCAGAGCAAGCAUUUGUGCGCUGCAAAGAUUACCAAGGCAUCAAGUUCGUGAAGCGCCUGGGCAAUCUUCAGAGUGAGGCCAUGAAACAGGCUGAAGUUGUGGCGUAUUUCGGCAGGUUUGAAGAGGCGGAAAGAAUGUAUCUUGAUAUGGACAGAAGGGACCUUGCCAUUGGGCUCCGGCUGAAGUUGGUGGAUUGGUUUAGAGUACUCCAUCUCCUGAAAACUGGAUCUGGUGAUGCAGACGACAGUCUCCUCGAGCAAGCACACAAUGCCAUUGGAGACUACUUCGCUGACCGCCAGAAGUGGUUGAAUGCUGUACAAUAUUAUGUACAAGGCCGUAACCAGGAACGCUUAGCUGAAUGCUAUUAUAUGUUAGAAGAUUAUGAGGGAUUAGAGAAUCUUGCCAGUUCACUGCCAGAAAACCACAAGUUGCUUCCAGAAAUAGCACAGAUGUUUGUGAGAGUUGGAAUGUGUGAACCAGCAGUGACUGCCUUUCUGAAAUGUAACCAACCAAAAGCAGCUGUAGAUACCUGUGUACAUCUCAACCAAUGGAACAAAGCUGUUGAAUUGGCUAAAAGUCAUAGUAUGAAAGAAAUUGGAUCGCUGUUAGCUAGGUAUGCAUCUCAUUUACUGGAGAAGAAUAAGACUCUUGAUGCUGUAGAACUCUAUCGGAAAGCCAGUUACUUUUUUGAUGCUGCUAAACUGAUGUUUAAGAUCGCCGAUGAAGAGGCAAAAAAAAGAACUAAACCAUUGCGUGUCAAGAAACUGUACGUGCUCGCGGCCUUGCUGGUGGAGCAGUACCACGGACAGGUGAAGAGCAGCCAGCGGGGGAAGGCCAGAGGGCAGAGCUCGGAGGCCACUUCGGCUUUGGCUGGUUUGCUGGAAGAGGAAGUUCUGUCUACAACUAGCCGGUUCACAGACAAUGCUUGGAGAGGGGCCGAGGCGUAUCACUUCUUUAUCCUCGCACAGAGGCAGCUGUAUGAAGGCUAUGUUGACACCGCGUUGAAAACAGCUCUUCACCUGCGAGACUAUGAAGACGUUAUUCCUGCAGUUGAGAUCUACUCUCUGUUGGCACUGUGUGCGUGUGCCAGUAGAGCCUUUGGCACUUGUUCAAAAGCUUUUAUUAAACUGGAAUCCUUAGAGACCCUGAGUUCAGAACAGAAACAGCAAUAUGAAGAUCUUGCUCUAGAAAUCUUUACCAAGCAUGCUCCAAAAGAUACCAGGAAAUCUGAAUUGGACAACCUCCUUGAAGGUGGAGAAGGGAAGCUGCCUACGUGUGUGGCCACGGGAAGCCCCAUCACUGAGUACCAGUUCUGGAUGUGCAGCGUGUGCAAGCACUGCGUGCAUGCUCAGGAGAUCGGCAGCUACGCCUUCUGCCCCCUGUGCCACAGCGCAGUGGGAUAAGCAGAGGCGCAUAUGGAUAAUUGUAAAAGAGACAUAGUGUGUAGAAUUAUAUAUGUAGUGAGGUUGAUUUCCAUUAGUUUUAUACGAAAAUCAGCUUCAUUAUUUUAUAGUUGUAUUUUUGCACAAUAUAUAUAUAUAUAGAUAGAUAGUAGGUUAAUUGUUGCACAGAAAUACAAUGAUGAAUUAAAGAGGCUCACUAAUGUAAAACUUAGGAAGUUGAUCUCAUUUUCUAUCUAGCAAUCCUUUGUAUAUUUUAUGAUUGGUUAUAUAACACUGGAAAUAUUCAAAUAAAUAUUUUUCUACAAUGUCAA